AUGUCGUAUUCACUCAAACAAUUGAAGGAUAGAGCCCUUGAUGUAGACCCGGACAUCAGGUACAUGGCCAUAGAGGAUCUUCGGAAGGCUUUAGACGAUACGUCGACCAAUGUUGAUCCUUCGGCCUUAUUGCUGUUUAUACCUAUCUUAUUGGAUAUGCUCAAAGACGAGAAUCCCGAUGUCAAGGGCAAAGCCAUCCAGGUCUUUGAGCCCAUAGCAAGGAACUUGAGUGGCGACAAGCAAGUUUCACUUAUAGGUGAUUUGUUUGAUUUGGUCAAUAAGGAAGUAGAAGCCGGCAAUGACUCCGACACGCUUACCAUUUCAGUGCCCACGUUGGGGUUAAGAUCCAUCUUCAACGGUAACAUAUCGUUUACCAAACCUGUAUCGAAGCAGAUCAUUGAUAUCAUCUCUCAAGGGAUUCAUAGUCGGUCAAUGAACAUCGACUAUGCUGAGAUCUUAUGUGACGUGUAUAAACAUUUGGGGGUUGCCUUAUCAGAUAAGGAGAUCCAACGACUUGCUACGGAGUUGAUCAAAGUUGCUUAUUCUAAAGGGGGGAUAAUUGGUAAGAGAUCUAUCACAUCUUUUUCGUACUUGUUGAAACAUUUACGGUCUAGUCAGGUGUUCAAUGGUCUUAUCGAGGAGAUAAGUACAAGUUCACCUUCAACGACAACUCUUGCACUUUAUUCUGUAGUGUUGAAUAAAGAGUAUGGUGCUUAUUUCCAGGAGGAGUCGGUCAGACGGAUCUUUGAAGACAUUAAACGGCUUUUAAAGUCCGAGUCCGUAAACGAAGUCAUAGACUACGAAGAAAUGGAUCUAGACGUCAUUGUGCACGAUAAUGGGAUAAGAGAUGAAGCCCUAGGCACUUUGAAUAAUUUCGUGACAUCCCUCCCUUAUCAUUUGGUGGAGGAUUACAUCACAGAAGUAGUACAAAUUGUUCAAACAUUCUUGCAGUAUAACCCUGGUGCCAACAAUCAAAAUGAAGACUAUGAUUAUGAUGAUAGCGAAGAAGAUAGUGACGUGGAGUUCAGUGAUGAAGACGAUGCUCUCAACGAUGACGCCAAUGAUGAUGAUUAUAUCUCUUGGAAGCUCAGACUUCGUUCCUUAUCAAUUAUUGAUUCAAUGUUGAAGUCUUUCCCACAAAAUUUGUUACCAUUGAUCUAUUCAGACUUGGUGCCUCUUGAGAUUAAAGCUCUUGACGAUGAAAACGAAUUGGUAUCAGUUGAAAGUAUACGGACUUUAACCCACUUGAUAACCAAAACUGCGGACGUUCACAGGGUGAAAAGAAGAAAUAGUGAUAUAAGUAUUGAUUCUUCUUCAUCUCCAUUGAAUAUCUUGAUUGAUAAAUACACUCCAGGUCUUUUGAAUUCAGUUUACAACCAAUUAUCAACUGAAAAAAACUUGAAUAAAGUCCCCAUUAUAUUGGCCUUAAUCGAAUCGUUAAUCAAGACAAUCACGACUGAAUUUGAUCCAGAUUAUUUAACUCAGCUUUUGGUGAAAUCAAGGGAACUAAAAAUUGAAAAUGAUUCUAUUGAUAUCCUUCAUUUGAUUAAAACUUUAUUAAAAGUGUAUCUGUUUGAUGAUAUCCCCCCGGAUUUUAGAGAUUACAUUGUUACCAGCAUCACCAACACCAUUUCCAAGGAAAACUCGGCCCAUAUUGCCUUGAUCGAAUGUUCUUCCAUUGCCAGAGAACUUUUUAAACAAAUCAAAUUGAGUCAUACUUUGAGCUUGAAAUGGGAUUACGUCAAUGAUCUUUUCCUGGCCAUCGAGGAGAAAGUAUCAAAUUAUAAAAGUUAUUCCAGUGAUAUUCGUCAAAAGUUCAUUCUUGCUUAUUCAGAAUGUUUGAAAGAAGUUGAGGUAGUUGACAAAGCGAGAUGGUUUAGAAUCUUUGAAACCUUCAAAAAUUGUCUUAACCUCGAAAUUAGUGUUAAUGUGACUUUGACCUGCUUAAUUGAUUUGCUAGGUGGUGAUAAAGAAGCAUCUGUGAAUUGGGAUCAAUUCAAUAGUAACGAAGAAUUUAUCAACUAUCUUUCAAACCGUUUGGUUGGUUUUUUAAGUACUUCUGAUUCUGCAUUAUUCAAUUCUUCACUUGUGUUGCUUGUGAUUUUGAAUGAACACCAUAAGAUGGACAACCCAAGUGCUUUAUUAACAAUAUUGACCAGAAUUCUAUUUGGUGAAGAGAACAGUACACUUAAUGAGAAGCAACUUUCAAGCAUCUUUGAAUUAUUAAAAUACAACAUUUCCCAAACGGAUAUUACUGAAGAAACGAUCAAGUUGUUUGCUACAAAAGUUGUUAACAAUUUAUUAAAUAAAGGAGAAGAUGAAGAUGAUAUUGGUCUAAGUUCCUUCGAAGGGUUGCUUACAAGUUUAUCAAGCCUUGCAACGUUUGAUGUAUUCGAAGUGUUUAGUCAGAAUUUGGAUUUGAAAUUAGCAGUCAGUUCCAGAAUUUUGGCAACCAUAACUCAUGAAAGGCAAUUGAAUGAAAGAAUUACUUUGUGUGAAGAUGCCAUUCUUAAUCAUUUGAAUGGAAGAAUCCCCUUAUCAGAGGACAAAUUGCUAUUUGAUGUUCAAUUCAUUGGUAACAUUGGAUAUUUGACUGCUUUGGAUAAGAUGAAUGUCGAAGUACUACUUGAACUUUUGGAUAAAACAGAUAAUGAACUGGUGAAAGUCACUAUUGGUCGCUCGAUUGGGUUAAUUCUGUUUCGGGAAAUUGACACAAUUGUUCCCAAGUUAUUGGAAUAUUAUGUUGAAUACCCGGAUAAAAGAACUUAUUUGUUACAUGCAAUUAAGCAAUCAUUGGUAAAAUCUGAAACAAUUUCGCCUGGUUUAGCAACCAAAGUAUGGCAAACGGUAUGGACAACUACUGAAAGUUAUACCGAUUUGAAGCUUACCAAUAUUCCUGAAUUGAGAUGUUGUGGAGAUGUUUUGGCAUUAGCAGAUAAGUUUUUACCUUGUUUUGAACUUAGUCAAGUAUUACAACACGCAUUGGAAGCAUCAGGUAAUAAUAUUUCGGUCAUUUAUGUUCUUAAUGUUAUUCUUAAACAUAGAAUAACUUCCAAAGAAGAGAUGGCUUUCACAGACAAGGUGAUUAACCUCUACAUUGAUAAACUUCCAGUGCUCUUCAAUAUAAUGGAUGUUGAUGUCCAACAAAUUCUUAUGGGCAACUUAUUAGCAUGCUUACAUAAUCGUCAAAGGGUGUUUUUACCCAAGUUAAAUGAUUUGGUUAUACCUUUAGUGUUACAGGAAUUAACAGCCAAGGAAGAAUUCAAGAGGAUUAUCCCCAUGGGUCCCUACAAAUACGUUUUAGAUGAAGGUCUAGAAGCAAGAAAGUUGUGUUACGAGUUCCUUUAUACAAUCACGUCGAUUUCAUAUGAAACUUUAAAGGAAUAUGAUAUCAAUUUAAAUAUCAUCGGAGAAAGUUUUAUCGAAAAGGGAUUAUCCGAUAAGGAGAAUGACAUUAUAGUGUUUUCGACUAUUAAUUUGAAGAAUCUAUUGAACAAUCCUAUUGCUAGUGAGUAUCAAUUUUUAAUUACUCAAGACCACCAUUUGCUUAACAAAUUAAUCCAGGGCCUCAAUGGGUGCUUGAAGAAACCACUAAAGGCCAAGCCUACAAAGCAAGAAGUUGAUAGUCAUGAAGAAGUUAUCAAAUCUGUUAUGGAGUUGAUUAAAUCUGUAAAUAGUUAUUUGUUAGCAGAGGAUCACGUGACCUCGAAAUGGCCGGACUUCUAUACCAGCUUGAGGUAA